AAUCUCAUCAGAUUUUUCUCACAUACACAAUCGCAUUUAUAUAUACACAUAUGUAUAAACCCUUGCUAAAUCCAACCCAACUCAAAAUCUAAAAUCUCAUUCUCUUACUUGUAAAACAAGUUUUCCCAUUAUUUUUGCUAUCUUUAACCAAAAAUGGCCAUUCGUUUUCCUGUAAUUUCACUUGCUAAACAAAUUCUUCGCCGAUCAAAUUUGGUGGCGAAUCAAGCAGCGAAAGAUGUUCCUAAAGGGCACUUAGCAGUAUAUGUUGGAGAAAGCCAAAAGAAGAGGUUCAUAGUUCCGAUAUCUCUUCUGAAUCAGCCUUCUUUUCAAGAAUUAUUAAGAAAAUCUGAGGAAGAGUUCGGAUUUAAUCAUCCAAUGGGUGGUAUUACAAUUCCUUGCAAAGAAGAUGACUUUAUCGAUCUUACUUCACGUUUGCGUUGAUUACCGAUGUAUAUUUAAAUCAUCAUAAGACAAUUUUGUAGUUUUUAUUUUUCUAUCUAUGGAUGGGGGAUAUGUAUUUUUAAUUUUUUUGAUACCUAUUUCCAAUGAGAUUAAUCAGAGAUAGUUGUUUCACUCAA